CUGCUCCGGGCGGUGCCGGCGGCUGAGGCGGGCGGGCGGAUGGCGGCGGAACCGGGAGCGGGGCUGCGCAUCUUCCGCGAUAUAUUAAGAAGAGCAGACAAGAAUGAUGACGGAAAACUGUCCUUCGAAGAAUUCAAAGCUUACUUUGAUGAUGGGGUUCUGAGUGGAGAGGAACUGCAUGAACUUUUUCGCAUGAUCGAUACACACAACACUGACAAUCUCGACACAGAAGAACUCUGCAAGUAUUUUUCCCAGCACUUAGGAGAGUAUGAAAAUGUGUUAUCUGUCUUGGAAGACUUAAACAUAACCAUACUGAAGGCAAUGGACAAAACAAAGAAGGACUAUCAAGAAGCUUCUGGUUUGGAGCAGUUUGUGACUCGCUUUCUAUUGAAGGAAACUGUGAACCAACUUCAGUCCCUCCAGAGCUCCCUGGAAUGUGCCAUGGAAACCACGGAGGAGCAGACUCGCCAGGAGAGACAAGGCCCAACAAAACCAGAAGUGCUCUCAAUUCAAUGGCCAGGAAAACGCUCAGCUCGAAGGCUUCAGAGGAACAACAGCCUGUCACUGAAGUGCCCUAAUUUUAGCACAGGUAGGAUUGAGGAAGACAGCCACUGGAUGACCCAGAUAAACAGACUCCAAAAGCUGAUUGACAGGCUGGAAAAGAAGGACCUCAAGCUCGAGCCAUUUGAAGAGGAAGUUUUGGAAGAAAACACAAGAGCUCACAUAAUGAUUGUCCAACGUCAAAUGUCUGUGAUAGAAGAAGAACUUGAGGGAUUCCGGCUUGCUCUGAAGCAGUACGUGGAAUCUGCUUCUGCUCAGGGUGGCUGCUUACAUGUUUCUACACAGAAGCAUCCAAGUGAAAGUCGCUUCAUUCUUUAUGAGUUCUGGGAGAACAGCAAUGCCUGGAACAGCCACCUUCAAAUGAAUUACAGCAAGACAUUCCAAAGAAGUAACGUGGACUUCUUGGAAACUCCAGAGCUCAUCACAACAAUGCUGGUCCCUGCCUCGUGGUGGGUCCUCAAUAACAACUAG